GUGACUAAAAUGGCUGCUGUGAGGGAAGAGAAAUAACUUUUAUUCAUGCCCUAUUACUAAUACAUUGUAUUGUGAGGAAAUAUUCCUUAUUUCAUCAAUGAUAAAUAUAUGGAGGGGAUUCACAGUUAUGUCCUCACUGGCCCUGUAUGAGGGAGACCUGUGAGGUAACGCACACUCCCGCCAUUGCCACAUCACAUCACUACUGUAAACGACCGUUACAAGCCAACUUCCCGCGCAGUGGUCCAUGACCAGCCAACCAAUCAUUAACUGUCCCCAGCAGCCUAGCAACCAAUCACAGCCUGCGCGCGGCACCGCUAGAGACGGCAAUAAUUUAUUGCAGGGAAAACUGACUGGACUUGCCCCGCCCCCCUUUGCACUCUCAUCCAAUCAACGGUUUAAACUUUAAGACAAGCUCGAGCGCACCGCAGGUGUUAUAUAAACAGCGGCCAGCGGGAGAAGCGGCAGUUGGCGCGGAGCAAUAGAGACUGGGUUCCAGAGAGCUUGGACGGCGCAAGAAUCUUACGAUAGACCUACCUCUGCGGAAAUAACAAUGCGCGAGUGCAUUUCAGUCCACGUUGGUCAGGCUGGCGUUCAGAUUGGCAAUGCAUGCUGGGAGCUGUACUGCCUGGAGCAUGGCAUUCAACCCGAUGGACAGAUGCCCAGCGAUAAAACCAUUGGCGGAGGAGACGACUCCUUCAGCACGUUCUUCAGUGAGACAGGAGCCGGGAAACAUGUCCCCAGGGCUGUGUUUGUGGAUUUGGAGCCCACGGUUGUUGAUGAGGUGCGCACGGGCACAUACCGGCAGCUCUUCCAUCCCGAACAGCUCAUCACAGGAAAGGAAGACGCAGCCAACAAUUACGCUCGGGGACAUUACACCAUCGGGAAGGAGAUAGUUGAUUUGGUCCUAGAUCGCAUACGCAAGUUGGCUGAUCAGUGCACGGGCCUACAAGGUUUCCUCAUUUUCCACAGUUUUGGAGGAGGCACAGGCUCAGGCUUUGCCUCUCUCCUCAUGGAGAGACUUUCCGUAGAUUAUGGCAAGAAGUCCAAGCUUGAGUUUGCAAUCUAUCCAGCACCACAAGUCUCCACAGCGGUGGUGGAGCCAUACAACUCCAUAUUAACCACUCACACAACUCUGGAGCAUUCAGAUUGUGCUUUUAUGGUUGACAACGAGGCCAUUUACGAUAUCUGUCGCCGAAAUUUGGACAUUGAGCGUCCAACGUACACAAAUUUAAACCGUCUCAUUGGGCAAAUCGUGUCCUCCAUCACUGCCUCUCUGAGGUUUGAUGGAGCGUUGAAUGUGGAUCUCACCGAAUUUCAGACAAACCUUGUUCCGUAUCCGCGCAUCCAUUUCCCGCUGGUCACAUAUGCUCCUGUGAUCUCCGCAGAGAAGGCCUACCAUGAGCAGCUGUCUGUGGCUGAAAUAACCAACGCCUGUUUUGAGCCAGCAAACCAGAUGGUGAAGUGUGACCCUCGCCACGGCAAAUACAUGGCGUGCUGCAUGUUAUACAGGGGAGAUGUUGUACCCAAGGAUGUCAAUGCUGCCAUUGCAACCAUUAAGACAAAACGCACCAUUCAGUUCGUAGACUGGUGCCCGACAGGAUUUAAGGUCGGAAUCAACUAUCAGCCUCCGACAGUGGUGCCCGGAGGAGAUCUGGCCAAAGUGCAACGUGCGGUAUGCAUGCUGAGCAACACUACGGCCAUUGCAGAGGCCUGGGCCCGGCUGGAUCACAAGUUUGAUCUGAUGUAUGCCAAGCGUGCCUUUGUGCACUGGUAUGUUGGAGAGGGCAUGGAGGAAGGAGAGUUCUCAGAGGCCCGGGAAGAUCUGGCAGCGCUGGAGAAGGAUUAUGAAGAAGUGGGAAUAGAUUCAGUGGAGGAGGAGGCGGAGGGCGAGGAAUACUGAGCUUCUAGACGGUAUCGGCAGAUGUUAGAACUGUUAGUCCUGUUACGUUAUCAUUCACAUUUCCAGUUACUUGUUCUUAUCCAGUUACAUUUUACAGCCAUUAAACAGACGUUGUGUUCACUAAAUUGAUGUCACUUUGCCGUCUGGUUCU